UCGGCGAGAAGCUCGCAGACGCGCGAGUUAACGACGAUGACGUACAAGAGAGCGUGCCUGAUAGUCAUCGACGGCUGGGGCUCGCGCGACGAGUCGUACGGCAACGCCAUCAUGGAGGCGGAGACGCCCGUCAUGGAUGCGUUCAAGGAGGACUCUGACCACUACGGCAUCAUCGGUGCAGCGGGACUGUAUGUCGGCCUGCCAGAUGGCACGAUGGGCAACUCGGAGGUCGGGCACCUGACAAUCGGUGCCGGCGCGGUCGACUACCAGGACCUCGUCAAGAUCAACAAAUCCAUCUCAGAGAAGACUCUCUCGACGAGGCCAGCCCUUGUCGACGCGUGCAAAGCGGCAAACGCUGGCACAGGGCGGCUGCACCUGUGGGGCCUGCUGAGCGACGGCGGCGUGCACAGCCACAACCAGCACAUCUACGCGCUCAUCGAGGCCAUCAAGGGCGAGGGCGUCAAGGAGCUCUUCCUCCACUGCUGCAUGGACGGGCGCGACACGGCGCCGACGUCGGGCGGCGGCUACAUGAAGGAGCUCGAGGACAAGCUGGCCGAGCUCAACUACGGCAAGGUCGCCUCAGUCAUGGGGCGGUACUAUGCCAUGGACCGCGACAAGCGGUGGGAGCGCGUCCAAAAGGCAUACGACGUGAUGUGCCGCGCGAGCGGGGGGGAGGCGAAGUGGGCGGGCGAGUACGACAAGGAGGUCAAGGCCUACGAUGUCGAGGCCGGCAAGGUCAAGGACCUCAUCGAAGCGAUGCACGGCCAAAAGAUGACGGACGAGUUCAUCGAGCCCACGGGGGUGUGCCCCGGCGGCGGCAUCGCGGAUGGCGACGUCUUCGUCUGCUUCAACUUUCGCGCGGACCGAGCGAAGGAGAUGUUCGAGUGCAUCGCGGUGAAGCCGCUCUUCGACUCUGCAGUCGAGCGGAAGCCCGGCAUGACCAUCUCGAUGACGAAGCUAUCGGCGCAGUUUGCAGACCUCGGCAUCCCGACCAUCUUCCCUCCGGGCUCGUCAUCCAACGGGCUGAGCGAGACGGUGUCGAAGCUCGGGCUCACGCAGUACCACUCCGCAGAGACGGAGAAGUUCGCGCACGUCACCUUCUUCUUCAACGGCGGGCGCGAGGCGCCCUUCGAGGGGGAAGUGCGGCAGCUGGAGGACUCGCCCAAGGUCGCGACCUACGACCUCGCGCCAAAGAUGACGGUCGAGAAGGUCGCCAACAACAUGGUGGCCGAGAUCGAGGCGGGCAAGCACACCUUCCUCGUCUGCAACCUCGCCGCACCCGACAUGGUCGGCCACACCGGCAUCUACGAAAAGGCGAUGAUUGCAGCCGCGCACACCGACGAGUGCAUCGGCAAGAUUGCGGCCGCGUGCAAAGAGAAGGGCGUCGGCCUCUUCAUCACCGCGGACCACGGCAACUGCGAGACGAUGCUGACGGAGGAGGGCAAGCCAAUGACCUCGCACUCGUGCACGCCGGUCCCCUUCGUCUGCCAGACGGGCGAGAAGAAGGUGAAGCGUUCGGUGGCGGACCGGAAGGACGCGGGCGUCGCCGACAUUGCGCCGACGAUGCUGACGUACAUGGGCAUCCCGGUGCCCAAGGAGAUGACCGGCGAGUCGUGGAUCGACUGAGCGGCGAGCGGCAGGCCGGCGGAGCUAUACAGGCGUUGGAGCUAUACAGGGGGGCGCCGGCCGCCGCCGACUACAGACAGAGAGCUGUGCUUUGCGAGGGCCUUCGGCCGUUGUGGUGUUACUGCGGGCGCUGGUCGCGGGGCGAGGAGAGAGAGAGAGAGGGCAGAGGAAGCACGCUGCGGGAGAGCGAGAGAGAGAGGGGGCCGUCCCCGAUGCGGAGAGCGCGGGCCGGAGUCCGAGUCGCGGAGGAAGGGGGCAGGAUUCAGGGGAGCCGGAGAGAGUGCAGGUGUGGAUCAUGUAUCAUCAUCGCGGAUCGGCGCGGGUGGUCGUCUGGUCGGUCGUUGAAGGAGGUGUGCAAAGAGGUGAGGUAUUGAGAUGAGGAGUUC